AUGACGAAAGAGGUCAGCAAUACUCAGGAGCAGCCCCGCGGCAGCGGUUGGAACAGCAAGGGCAACAAAUGGACGGACCUCGGCAGUGGUGCCUACCACUAUUCGAACUAUGACGGCGGCGCGAACAAGUAAGGGGGACCCACGGAUCUCUCUACUUCCAAACGACCGUUUUUUGCCUGCACGUGUUCAGUUCGUUCUACUACAAACACCAGGACGGCUCGUCUUACUACGGCAAAGUGGUGGAGGGGAAGCAUGUGAGCGGAGUGUACACGUCGCCGAAGGGAGUGCGCAAGACAUACGGCCCCUACAGCCGCCAGAAGUGAGAGCUGGGGAGAGAGACCAAAGAGGGGGUUGCACGUGGAAAGACACUGCGUACUGCGCAAGACACAUGACAGACUCUGGCUCGUUAGCAAUGAACCGCAUUGCAAGCUGUUGUUUGGUGGGUGGCUUUGGCUCACACGUAGAGAUGCC